AUGGCGAAAGAAGAUCGUUCUCCAGAGUUCAUUGGUGUAUUAGGCUUCUUCAUUACAAUAUGCACACUAUUGGUACUCCUUCGAUGCUACACCAAGGUCUUCAUCGUCAAGAACUUUGCUGCCGAUGACUGGUUCUCCGUCCUUACCCUAAUCUCUUUCCUCGUCUUCUGUACCCUGGCUCGAUUGGGAAUAUCAAAUGGCACCGGAAAGCGAAGAUAUCUCAUCCCCGACGAAAAGCUGCCGAACGGCAUGAAGUGGUGGUGGUGCUGCGAACCUACCUACGUGAUCACCAACAUCUUCCUCAAAUUCAGCAUCGGUAUCUUCCUGCUCAGGAUCGCUGUUGACCGCUCGCACCGCAUCAUCCUCUGGACCUGCCUCAUCGCCAUACAGGUGUACAGUGUAUAUUUCUUCUUCAUCUUUACCUUCCAAUGCUGGCCGGUAUCCUACUUCUGGGAGCAGUUCAGAGGCGGUAAAGGACACUGCAUCCCUUCGAAUGUCAUCGUCAACUCGUUUUACGGAUACUCGGCGCUGAGUUGCGUUACGGAUUGGACUUUCAGUAUCGUGCCAAUCUUCAUCGUGCGCAAGCUGCAGAUGAACAGCCGUAAGAAGUGGACAGUCGGUAUUGUCCUUGCAUGUUUCCGCAUCCCCUUUAUCAACGGCCUCAACGAUAUUCCUGACUUCCUCUACUCCACCAUUGACGUGGCCAUCUGGUCGACAUGCGAAACUGGCAUCGGCCUAGCGACAUCCGCUGCUGCUACUCUACGACCCCUCCUCCGCCAGGUCUUCAGUGAAAUGUCUACACACGACAGCGCGAGCCGGAAACCCUCCCGAUGGGGGGCGUCAACACACCCCACACGAUCUGGUUAUCUGGAGCACGGUAGCCAAGGUGAUCACAACGACAUCCAGCUCACCAACCACGACUCGAAGAACAAUCACGUCCAUGUUGUUGGCGGUGGCGGUGGAAGCCCAUCGGGAAGCACGAUUGUUCUGAACAAGGAUUGGGAUCAGCACAAGGAAAGCUGGAAUACGUCGCCUACUGGAUCAAUCUCGAAUAACAAAGGCAUCAUGAAGACGGUGAAGAUCACGCAGCUGUAA